AUGCCACCUGAACGCGUCAAUGUCCCGGUGAAGCUGUCCUUGCCCUUGCAAUAUCAGCAGGACAUCUUCAACGAACUACGCGGCGAAGAUGAGCUUGUCAUCCUUGCCCGAGGUUUAGGCCUCCUGCGCUUGGUGACGAACUUACUUCACUUCUACGAUGCCGCAGGGAAUAAUUUAGUACUGGUUGUGGGUGCUGAUGAUCGGGAGAAUGAAUGGAUCGGUGAAGCGCUCGCGGAACACUAUGCCAUUAGCAAGACCCCGCUGGCCAGGGGCCUUAAAGUCAUCAACACCGAAAGGGCGACGGUUCCCAUGCGAGAGAAGAUCUACGCCCAAGGCGGUAUCCUGAGUGUAACAUCCAGGAUACUCGUGGUUGAUCUCCUAUCAAAGCUCCUCGACCCGGAAAAGAUCACUGGCAUGGUUGUGCUCCACGCAGACAGGAUAGUAGCAACUUCUACUGAGGCUUUCAUAAUUCGGAUCUAUCGGCAAAUCAACAAGUCAGGCUUUCUCAAGGCUUUUUCCGACUCGCCAGAGCCGUUCACGACGGGAUUUGCUCCGCUGGCGAAUUAUAUGCGUAACCUGUUUUUGCGCAAAACAUCAUUAUGGCCACGAUUUCACGUCACUGUUGCCGAGUCAUUAGAGGGACACAGAAAGGCCGAGGUGAUUGAGCUUGAGGUGCCGAUGACCGACAAAAUGCGCGAAAUCCAGAAUGCGGUCCUAGAGUGUGUGGAAAUCAGUAUUGCAGAAUUGAAGAAAGCAAAUACUGGACUUGACAUGGCGGACUGGACUCUGGACAGCGCGUUGCAUAGGAGUUUUGAUAUCGCGAUAAGGCGUCAGCUCGAUCCCAUGUGGCAUCGAGUGAGUUUUAGGACCAGACAGAUUGUCAGCGACCUGUCUGAUCUUCGCGCGAUUCUUCACGCGUUGCUUACCUAUGAUGCGGUCUCCUUCGUGAAAUAUCUGGAUACUAUUGUGACCGCGCAUUCUCCACCGCCUGGUUCGACAAGACAUAAUUAUUCCCCCUGGCUCUUUCUCGAUGCUGCUCACGUACUCUUCCAGACCGCGAAGGCAAGGGUGUACGAAGGAAAGAUCACCCGUGAUGCGGCCAAUACUCUUGAUUCUACCCUUCGACCUGUUCUGGAGGAACAGCCCAAGUGGGCUGUUCUAGCAGAAGUGCUAGAGGAGAUUGAACAAGAUGCUUAUUUAAAUCCUGUCAGCACGGGUGAAUCGAAUAGUACUGUCCUCAUCGUGUGUACCGACCAACGGACCUGCCGGCAGAUCAGGGAGUAUCUCGGAACAAUGCAUGCCAGAAUCGGUAAAGAUAAGGCAGAAGAUCCGGAAGACCUUGAUGCUAUGAGUGAAAAGAAAUUUUCUGCGGAAGUAAUGUUGCGGAGAAGACUACGCGAAUAUCUUGAUUGGAAGACUUCGUUGGCGAAUGUUAACAGGAAUCUAUCUGCCAAAUCAAGCGACGACACCCAGAACGCAAAGGGCCAGGAGUCACCGAAGCCAACGAGUCAGCAGGGCAGAGCUCCUCCGAACAAGCGACGUCGUGUCCGCGGUGGAGGAGCAGUAACAUCGGCUGCAGCGCGAGUGCCGAAUGCUAGCGUGCAGACUGACACCGAAUUGCCGGGUCAAGUUUACAGCUUACUGGAAGAAUUACAACCAACUGACAUUGAAGAGACACAGAAAGGGGAGAUCAUCAAUGAUGACCUGGAAGACAUGGAAGACUUCUUCGAGCUAUAUGGCAUGGACGACCUGGUCAUAGUGCAUCCCUACGAUGGCGAUAUGGACGAGCAUAUACUGGAAGAAGUACGGCCGCGAUACAUCAUUAUGUACGAACCCGACCCAGCAUUCAUUCGGCGGGUGGAAGUCUAUCGCAGCUCGCACGUUGCAAGGAAUGUAAGGGUAUACUUCAUCUACUAUGGGGGCUCUGUGGAAGAACAACGUUACCUGAGUGCAGUCCGACGAGAGAAGGACUCGUUCACUAAGCUUAUAAAAGAGAAAGGGAGCAUGGCUGUCACCCUCACCCAUGACAAGAGUCAAGAAGAUCCUCAGGAACAAUUCCUUCGCACAGUGAACACGCGUAUCGCCGGAGGGGGCCGAUUAGCCGCAACAGCGUCACCUCCUCGGGUAGUCGUGGACGUUCGAGAAUUCAGAAGCGCUCUUCCGUCUCUGUUGCACGGAAACAACAUGAUCAUCGUCCCGUGCCAGUUAACAGUCGGCGAUUAUAUCCUGACUCCCGAUAUCUGCGUGGAGCGUAAAUCAGUCCGUGACCUAAUCACUUCGCUGAGAAAUGGCCGUCUUUACAACCAGGCCGAGACGAUGCUCCAGCAUUACAAGAACCCUCUACUGCUCAUCGAAUUCGACCAAAAUAAAUCGUUCACAUUCGAUGCGUUCGCCUCCGCGUCGACACCCGGCACAUCAUUCCUUACCGACUAUGGCUUCUCGUCAUCCGGAACAGGAACCACUUCCCUGUCCGUCAGCAGCUCCCUCAUGAACCCAUCCAGCCCCAAAUCCGCCCAGCAUCUCCUCGUGCUUCUCACUCUGACUUUCCCACGCCUGAAGAUCAUAUGGUCGUCCUCACCGUAUCAGACCGCCGAAAUCUUCGCUGAGCUGAAGAAGAAUAACCCAGAACCGGACCCUCUCCGGGCUGUGCAAAUUGGCCUCGAUAUGGAUAUUGUCGCAUCAUCGCAUCCAGGCGAUGUCAUGGCGGCGGCGGGUAUUGAGCAUCGUACCUUUAAUGCUCUUCCUCAGGACAUGCUGCGUGCUGUUCCAGGCGUGACGCCAAAGGUGCUCGAGCGACUUGUCCUCGAGACGGGAAAUAUCAGCGAGAUUGCAAAUAUGGAUGUUGAGCAGCUUGAUUCUCUGAUUGGAAGGGAGGCCGCGCGGAAGAUCGUUGGCUUCUUCCGUAAAAAUUUGUUCGAUAAUAGCUGA